UUUGCAUAAGUAGUUAAAUUGUCACGGAGUAAUGACUAAACAGCUAACGCCAUUCGCUUUGCUAUGCAAUAAUCAGAUAUCAACCGUGGCUUAUGAACGAACUUGAAUUCUGGACAGUAUUUUCUGAGGAAUAACAUGUCUUUUCUCUCGAUUAAACUAAAGUGGAGCGUUUCAAAAAGGCAUUUUUAAAGCGAUCGCUUACUCGCUUAGCAACCGAAAGGGAAGGAAAUGAGGAGAAAGGUAUCGAAAGUACGACGAAAGCUUUCUACAUCCAAAACCGCUGGAGAGAUUAAUCCGUAGCUGAGUGUGAAUGCACCAUGGAUUUUUGACUCAUUUGUUAAUUUAAAUUACUCUGAUGUUCAACUGACAUUGUCCGCUUCGUCGCAAGGAAAAUAUUAUUCACCAUGGCGAGGAAGAAGAAAGGAACUUCGACGAGUCGAAUCUGCGCUGUUGUUAUUAUCCUUGUUUUAGCUGGGACGUUGUUAAUGAAUAUAUUAUUCAUCUUAAGCGCCACUUCUCGAGGUACGUACCAGGAGAAGGAGCCGAAGGAAUAUGACGACUGGUUCCAUAACAUUCCGCAAAUGUCAAUUGCACCCGCGGCACAAUAUUGGAAAAAUGAGAAGGAAAGCUCGUUAUCUCGUGAAGGGAAUGGUCUGCUGAGUGUAUCACAGAGUAAAUAUCUAGAUUUAGAGGUUUUCUCAAGUAAAGAAAAUGUUUCGAUCACCAUUAACGGAAAAAAGAGGGUCGAUAUCUCCGAGAUGUUGUUAAGAGGAAUGAAUGUUGUAGUUUUAAAUGAAGUAACUGGCGCUGUGAUGUCCUCUAGAUGGUUUGAUACGUAUGAAUCUCAAGAGGACAGCGGUUAUCUCAAGGAAUUUCUUACAAGUUUAAAAAACGGCAGGAUAAUCUGUUUUGCAGUAAAGGACGAGGCUUCUUUUUCCUUAUCAAAGAACACGCGCAUGUACAUCAAGAGUUUGGGAAGUGUUUACAUCAAUCAACUUAAGUGGAGAGGCAUGUGGGCGUUUAUUGUCCAGCGGUUGGGCAAUCGAAACAUUGUGUAUGGGGAGAGUUUGCAGGACGCACCAGAUCAUAACCAGUGGGGAAGACCUGUGAAACUACACACAACCGUGAAACUAGUGGCAGAAAAUAUUGUCAACUGCGAAUGGGAAGACUCGAACGCUACCAAAAGAAGAAGAGAAUUUUGCGAAAAAUAUGAAGGAUAUAACUAUGUUUGCAAUUGUGACAACCCUCUUUCUCUGGAUUUUGAUCCAGUUCCUUUUAGAGACAACAGUAGACUCAGGCUGCCCGUAGCUGUCAUGGCUGGUAACAGACCGAGUUACCUACUGCGCAUGCUCUUAAGCCUUCGUAACGUCGAGGGCCUGGAUCCUAGUUUAGUAACAGUUUUUAUUGAUGGUUUUUAUGACGAACCUGCCUCGGUCGCUAAACUGUUUCAACUACAAGUGGAACAUCAUGCGGGUUCAGGGAGACUAAAUUCCAGAAUUUGUCAGCACUACAAGAAAUCACUGACAGCUUCGUUUGACAAAUAUCCCGAUGCUGACUAUCUUGUGAUCCUGGAAGAAGAUCUCGAUAUGUCCGUUGAUAUUCUCAGCUAUUUUAAACAACUUCUUCCCGUGUUGGAAAACGAUGAAAGUCUGUAUUGCAUAUCAGCUUGGAACGACCAGACAAAUAUCGAGUUGAACGCAGAAAUGAUGUAUAAGGAUAACUACGAAAGAGAAAUAUUUCGUCUUAUAGGAGAGGCCAAGCUUUUAAAUCAUUCCAAAAACCCUUGCGCAAACCUUAAAGACUUUGUCCCAGACACCGCUGGACAGACGUAUUUGUUUUAUGUGCGCAUGGACACUCCAAGAGACUAUACCACGUGGUCUAACAUAGCGCGCUGUUUUCAAAUGUGGGAUCUGGACCCUAGAGGAUUUCAUAGAAGUAUGUGGAGAUUCUGGAUCAAGAAAAAUCACAUUUUGGUGAUUGGGUGUCCUGCUUCUGUUUAUUGUACAAAGAAACCGAAAAGUUUAAAUCCGAUCUAUCUUCCAAACAAAGAGACGAGACCGAGAGAUCUUGUUUAGCAGAUUAUCUUAAUUUUGCAAAAAGUAGCCCUCCCACGGAUUGGGGAGUCUGUUCCCAAUUAGCAAAUGUUGUAAAUAUGAAAAGAGGUAUUUCUCCUGGGUACUAUUUAUUACAUGGAAUAAUUAGAACUAUGUGUCACGUUUUGUAAUACGAGUUAUUUAGAUACUUAUUCGCAUUGAAUACGUUUUAGAUCAGGCUUCAUUAGUUACUUGUAAGUAUUCUUCUCAACACAAAUUAGAAGUACAAGCAUCAGUUUUAAGUGAUAUUAAAACACCACUACAGGACAUUUUAUUUCCUUCUACAAAACAUGAAAUUUAAUUUUAUUGCCCACCAUCCCUCUCUUCGCUUACAAAUUCACUGGCAGUUGCUUUGAGGUUCAUUCUUUCGAUGUCAAUUGCAACUGGACGGGACGCUUCCUUGGUCGUACGUCGUUGAGCUGACACCUUUGCCAAUGGAAGAGGUCACUCAGAAUAACAUUGUAUUAACCUUUUAAAUCCCAUGGGUGACCAAGACAGAAUUUCUGCUUACAAUAUCAAGACAGUAUCGAGCACAACAGUGAUGAGAAUAAAGAAAAAUAUUAAUUAGGGGAUUAAAA